CUCCUCUUCAGGGUUCUGGUCACAUCGGACCUUCAGUAGCCUCUCCGCUUGUCCGCAACCUGCGACGUGUUCGCCGCCAUCUGUGCGGCCAUGUGGCCCCUCGAGCUUCUCGAAAUGCAGACCCAAGCCUUCAAUGGUCCCCGUCUAGCCCUCUGCAUCUCUCUUGUCAAUAGAUCAGCGCAACGCGGAAUCUCGGUGGAAUACACCCUGCUUGCAUUCCGCCCGAGCGUGCGUAACAGCCCUGUGGAUUUUCUCCAAACGCUGCGACGUGGCGUGCGGAGAAGGAUAUAUAAAGAAGAGUAACAAUCGCGGUCCGCGAGCCGCCCGUUUGUGCUGGUUGCUUCAUCCCGACUCUCUGUUCAACACUCAACCACCCCCACGCGCGCGUGUUUCUGAAAUCUCUUGUCGUUCAAUUGAGUUCGCAUUGACUUUGCGCGAUACCGUAGCCAUGGGUCUCUACAGCAAACUGGCCGAUGAUAUCACAGAGGUGGACGUGAUCAUUGCUGGAGGUGGAACAGCAGCUUGCGUUCUCGCCGGUCGUCUCGCGGCCGCCGAUCCCCAAUUGUCUAUCCUCGUCAUUGAAGGCGGCACCAAUAACCGCGAUCUCCCCAACGUUGUACACCCGGCCUUCUUCCUCGACCACCUUGCUCCGACAAGCAAGACCGCAAUCUUCUACCAGGGCAACGUAUCCGACAAGCUGGCAGGCCGCGGUCCCAUUGUCCCGGCUGGAGGAAUCCUCGGUGGCGGUUCCUCGAUUAAUUUUAUGCUUUACACCCGCGCCCAGAAGUCUGACUUUGACUCGUGGGCAACGCCCGGUUGGUCUUCGGCAGACCUGUGGCCGUACCUGAAGCGCUUCGAGACGUACCACGGCCACGGAGACCCGGCCCACCACGGCUCUUCUGGCCCGGUUCAUGUGUCCUCUGGAGGCUUCCGUGUCGAGACUGCAGAGGACGAUAUCCUGGCCGCCGCGAAGCAGACUGGCUACCCCGAGAUCCGGGACUUGCAGAACCUAGAGGCAAACAACGGCUAUGAAAGGUGGAUGAGAUAUGUUUCUCCCGACGGCCGACGACAGGAUGCAGCACACACCUUCCUACACCCACUUCUCGAGGAUGGAAACCACCUGAACCUUCACGUGUUGGUGGAGUCAAAGGUUAUCCGCGUGCUGUUUGACGACCAUAAGCGUGCCGUCGGAGUCGAAUACACCCCCAACUCAGACUACCAGGCCGUCUUGAACACCACACAACAGCCGGUCCGGACUGUCAAGGCAAAGAACAUGGUGGUUGUGUCAUGCGGUGCCUGCGGAACCCCGGGAGUUCUGGAGCGCUCUGGCCUCGGCAGCAAGAAGAUCUUGGACAAGGUUGGCGUACCCGUUGUGGCGGACCUGCCCGGCGUGGGAAGCAACUACCAGGACCACAACCUGGUUCUGAUGCCGUACAAGACGGCGUUGAAGCCGGAGGAGACACUGGAUAACAUAUUUAGCGGACGCAUAAGCCACGAGGAUGCAAUUGCCAAGAAGGAUAAGAUGCUUGGCUGGAACGGAGUCGAUGUCGUCAGCAAGAUCCGGCCAUCAGAGGAAGAGGUGAAGAAGCUUGGUCCCGAGUUCGAAAAGGCUUGGGAGAAGGAUUUCAAGAACGACCCCAACAGACCAGUCAUGCUUACUGGUUUCCUUCACGGGUUCUUGGGUGACCACGCCGCCAUCCCACAAGGCCAAUAUACAACAGUCGCAAACUACACGGCAUACCCCUACUCCCGCGGCAGCAUCCACAUCACCGGUCCCGCCCUAACGGAUCCCCUCGACUUUGAAACCGGCUUCUUCAGCGACCCCGACGACCUGGACCUCAAGAAGCAGAUCUGGGCCUACAAGCACUCGCGCGAGGUCGCUCGGCGCACAGCCCUCUACCGCGGCGAAGUCGCCGGCGGACACCCUGCCUUUGCCGCGGGUUCCAAGGCCGCUCUCGUAGACUCCGUCUCAGCGGACGCGUAUAAGAACGUGCAGCCGAUUGAGUACUCAAAGGAGGACGACAAGGCGAUUGAGCAGUUCUUGAGGGAGAACAUCAACACGACGUGGCAUUCGCUUGGAACGACUAAGAUGGCGCCGCGGGAUGACGGGGGUGUGGUUGAUUCUUCGUUGAGCGUGUAUGGUGUUGAGGGCCUCAAGGUUGUUGAUUUGAGUAUUGUGCCUAAGAACGUGGGUGCGAAUACGAAUAAUACGGCGUUUAUGGUCGGUGAGAAGGCGGCGGAUAUUAUUGCAAAGGGUCUGGGUAUUCGCAUCCCGCCAAAGUUGUAGAUUGGUGUGGACGUGUGAUGAAGGAAUGAAGGAUAGACUGUCUAGUAUAACGCAUGUGAGCGAGAUGUAAUGAGUGCGAAGCAAUUGACCACCAACCCGUUCCGAAA